AUGACCUGGUUGUUGGAUCUACGCUCUGAAGAAAAAAGGACGGAAAUCUUAACUUAUGGACUUCAUAAAAAUUCCUUCUCCAACUCACUUCACCUUGGGUUCAAAGAACCAGAUACCGAGGAUAACCCUCAUGUACGUUUCCGGGGUGGUAGUAGUGCGCCCCAAAACUGUUCAGGGCCCCCCCUGGAGAAAAAUUGGGGCGCUCAAAGCAAGCUUCUUCAAAGCAAAGAAUUUGAUUUGUCCGCUGCAACUAGUCAGUUGGAAAAAACGAAAGAAUUUCUUAAAACAUUAAGAAGUGAUUCCGGUUUCGAAAAAAUCUUAGAUAAUGCAAAAGAUAUUGCCAUGAAUUUGGGAUUAAUUCCUUUCCUUGAAUUGAAUGAGGAACGCAUAAGAAGAAAGCCUAGGCACUUUGAUUAUGAAGCUCGUGAUGAAGUGAUAGUAGAUGCAAAUCAAAAAUUUAAAAUUAGUUUUUAUUUUACAAUUUUAGAUAGGGCAUUAUUUUCUAUUGAAGAAAGAUUAAAUCAAAUCAAUCAAAUAAAUAACAAUUUUGGAUUUCUCUUCGACAUUCACAAUCUAAAGUUAAAAUCCCAGAAAGAACUUCUUGACGCUUGUACCAAAGUUGAACUUGCUCUGAGUGAUGGGGAAGAAAAGGAUAUCGAUGGAUUAGAUCUGAAGCAUGAAAUUGUGAUGAUAGCUGAUGUGAUGUCUUCACAAUCUUCAUCUUCGCCCAUUCAAACUCUUGAGUACAUUUACAACAAUAUGUUGGAGGAAGGAUUUCCUAAUCUUUGUAUAGUCCUCAGAAUUAUUUUAACUUUACCUAUGUCUGUAGCUAGUGCAGAGCGGAGUUUUUCCAAAUUGAAAUUAAUUAAAUCGUACGUUAGAAAUAGUAUGACGUAA